AUGAAUAUAGAUAACCAAAGCUUUACUAACUCGUCAAUCGUGUCAGAUAUAAUUUCAUGGAUCAUUUGGUGUUCUUUUCAAGAGUACUUUAUUUUAAUUUUUCAAAAACUUUUUUAUCAAGCACGUAAACACUUUACUGGUAUUAAUGAACCAUUACCACAUUCAACAGUUUUUUUAAAAGAUAAACAUAAAAUAUCUUUUUUCUUAACUCUUUUUUAUUUUAUUUAUAAAAUACAUGGAAUCUAUAGAAAUUUUUCAGAAAAUUUUUAUGAAAUUUUAAAAGUAUCUCCAUACGACUCUAAACGUAAAUUAAAAUCACAAUUCCGAAAAAUAGUGUUGAAAGUUCAUCCUGACAAAAUCGUUUCUGGGAAUAAAACAGAAUUUAUAGAAUUACAGUUGAUUUAUCAUGUUUUAUUGAAUGCACGUCAAAGAUUUGCAUAUGAAAGAUUUGGUCCAUCAUCAAUUGAAUGGUCUGAUGGUGUUUCUAUGUUUGAAACUCUUUUUAAAAGCAUUAAAUCAAGCAUCCAUUUUUAUGGAGGAAUAAUACUUAUUUUUUUGGUUUCAAAUCUUUUUAAAAUUAAACCAUAUAAAAAAUUUUGGCAUUUCUAUGGAUUAGGUGUAUGUUUUACAUUAGAAAUUUUGAGUCUUGUUCGCUCAAAUCCUACAUUUCCUUUUAAUUAUCUUUUUCCGAGAAAACUUCCUUUUGAAUUUUUGGAUGCUACGCAUACUUUUAUUAGAAUUUUUUUAUUAUCAUGGCCAAAUAUAGAAAUAAUUUUAUUUAAGAGAAAAGAAGUUCCAGAUAUUUUAACAAGUUCAAAAAAAAUCAACCAUUUAUCAACAUUACUACUUAAUGAAAGUACAGACCUUCUUAACAUGGAAUACUCUUGUUACGCUAACAAAUCUAUUGUAAAGGAUAGAAUUAAAGAAAAAAUUAAAGAAGUAUUAUUUAAAGAGAAAAUGCUAUAUAAUGAAAACGUAUUAAAAAAAAGUUAA